AUACAUUGACAAUUUCUCUUCUUAUCUUCAAACAUAUAACUCUCUCCAACCUUCUCAUAUCUUUAUAGAAUCCAAAUUCCAAUUUCAAACCAUUCACUCGUCACACACAACAAAGUAAUGUCUGCAGAACAAAUUCUAACGUUGUUAGAUUCCUUUUGGUUUGAAACAACAAUUCUAACCAACAAAAAUCCUUCAAAAGUUGAAGAAAUUCUUCCUCAAGACACAAAUCUCUUACUUGUUCCAACUCCAAACCUUGAUGUUAGGUUCUAUAGUGAGCAAAACUUGAGCAUCAUAGGAUCUGUUUUCUCUGAUUCUCCAUCACCAAAUUCAGUCCUCACCUCAUCAAAGCUUAGAACAAUCCCUUCUGAACGAGAAUUCGGAGAAUUCUCAACGGGGACUAGUAGUGAAAAUCAUCAUCAGAAGGAAGAUGUUGCAUACACUAAGAAAAAACAAAGCCAAAGUUAUAGAAGAAGGAGAAGGAAAAGUAGGAGUUUAUCAGAGCUUGAGUUUAAAGAGCUAAAAGGGUUUAUGGAUUUGGGUUUUGUGUUUUCUGAGGAAGAUAAAGAUUCAAAAUUGGUUUCAUUGAUACCUGGUUUACAAAGACUUGGAAGAGAAAAUGAUGAUGCAGAAGAAGGUGAAGAUGAAGAACAUAAGAAGAUUGAUGAAAAUGUUUUAUCUGAUAAUAAGCCUUAUUUAUCUGAGGCUUGGGAUGUUUUUGAUCAAAGGGAGAGAAAAAAUCCAUUAGUGAAUUGGAGGGUACCAGAUAAGGGUAGUGAGAUUGACAUGAAAGACAAUCUUAAAUUCUGGGCUCAUGCAGUUGCAUCCAUUGCUAGAUAACAAUGACCAUAAAAGUUGUCAUUUUGUUAUGGAAGUUCUUAAUGCAAAUUUGUUUCAUGUAAUUUUGGAUUUUAACUAGAAUAAUAAAUGUACAUAUUUUGCAAGGUAUUCUUAAAACAUUUAUGGACAUUGGUAUUAACCUUUUGUGAGGCA